CCUCUCUGCGAGCACAAAGAGUAAAACAUCUUAAUUUUACUACUGCAUACAACAGUCGACGACAGAGCCGCCUGCGCUGUGCUACUCCGCGGUCCCAUCCUUAAAAUACACCGGGAAUCCGGCACUGGUACUCCGGCGUGCGCAGCGGAGUCUGGGAGGGGCAUCCGUCCGUCCGUCCGUCCGGGCAAUGGCGGAUGGGGAGGCCACCGUGUCUGUGGAGUGGGACAGCGGUGAUGGGGGCUUAGCAGAAUAACAUCCCACUUCUGCAUUUACAUUUUCUCUGUUUAGCUUGGUAUACAGCUCUCGCCAUGGAUCCAGAGAAAACGUUGACAUUCUGCCUCGGGCUGAAGGCUGAGGAGAUGACCAUGUCCCUGCAGGGGCUGGAUGAGACUGAAGCUGCUACGGUGGCUGUUUCUCAGAAGGAGGCUGACAUGCGCACAGUUAAUAAGGUGGUGAAGCAUCACGGUGGUUCUGGUAGCCAGCCUGUUGUCAGUCCCAAGUACUGUCCUGGGGUCAACAACAAUCCAGGUUAUCUGUGUGAGACAGGCCACUGCUGCGGGGAGACAGGCUGCUGUACCUACUAUUAUGAACUCUGGUGGUUCUGGCUGCUGUGGACGAUGCUGAUCCUCUUCAGCUGUUUCUGUGCUUACCGCCACCGCCGGGCCAAGCUGAGGAUCCAGCAGCAGCAGAGACAGAGAGAGAUCAAUCUGAUCGCCUAUAACGGAGCCUGCAACUACCCUUCCUCAAUGCUGGACCUCAGUUUUCUGGCUUCCUUCAAGUUGCCCUCCUAUGAGGAAGUGGCGGCUCAGCCCAGCACCCCUCCUCCGCCUUACAGCUCCGUCUUUGCCCUGCAGGGAGGCGCCAUGGGAGGCCCUAGCUCCUCUUACCCCCAUCAUCACCACCACCGUCACCCCUGCCCUCCCUAUCUGGGCCCAGGUCCCAGUGGCCUCACAUCCUCCCAAAGCUCUGACAACUACACCAGCUGCUCCUGCGAGUCGUGCUCCCUCACCUCUCCCUCCAGCACCUCCUUCUCUGUCCAGGUGACAGAUGAGACGUACGACAGUAGCCACAUGUCCACACCCAGUGAAGCAGGGGGCGACUGUUCCGUCAUGUCAAGGAUCGGAGCCAACUUCACGCCAACUUCUUCGCCGACACCUCCAUCACAAGUUCCACCUGAUGUUAUACCCGCGGCCACUCCAGAUGUCAUUCCCGUACAGAGACGCUCCUCUAAUGUCAGUGAAAGAGUCUCGCCUUCAGCUCCCCCACUCUCUCUUCCUUUACAUUCUCGUCCCCCACACCCUUCUCGCCUACCACUUUCGCCUCUCAUUCUGUUAUCUUCCCUCCCUUCUGGUCAAGUUCAUCCUCUUGUCUUCUCGGACCCACUCGGAGCUGUGACCAUUCAGAGAGAGAAAAAAGAAGAAGCUCCGCCCUGUGGUCCAACCUCCAGGCCCGCUCUGUCUCCCCCUAAACAGGCUCUCUUCUCAUCAAAUGUGGCUGUUUUCACACAUUGCAACAACAAAGAGGAGCAAAAACGAGAGAAAGAAGAGGAGGAAGAGGAAGAAGAAGAUGACGAGGAGGAUCAUUUCCGGCAUCGGCGGCUAACGGGGGAUUCGGGCAUCGAGGUGUGUCGCUGCCAUGUGAAGAGAGAGGAACAGGAGGACGAAGAACUGCAGAAGGGGCAUUUUGGGAAAGGAGGAAAAGAGGAUGUGAAAGAAGAGGAGAGGUCAGACGUGCUGCAUGACAGCGUGGACUGCUCCCUCCGUGCGAAGGACGCUGUUCACUCACCACUCCUGGAUGACUGCUCCGAACAGCGCGGCCUCGUCUCUUCCUCCUCCAGCAUCAUCCAGAAGAACGGCGAGCCCAUCAUCACUAUGGAGUCCUCGUAAGCUGACGGCCUGUGAGAUCAAACAAGGUGAAAAAGCGAGAUGUUUAUGUUUGAUAGCAUCUUCAUAGAUAAAGACUAGUAGGUGAAAAGUUGAAUCACUGAAGAAAAGUCUUGCAGGUCUUAAUUUAAUGGGUGGGGACAGGAUGAGUAAUGGAUCCUCUUUGUUUUCUCUGUAUUCAAAUAAGAAGCGAAGAAGAGAAGCCGACACCUGAAAGUCCUAUUUUGUAGUUAAUUUAUUUAUGGCUUGAAAGAAGGCUUGUCUUUUCCUCUAAAGUGAUGAAAAUGCUAAUUAAUCGCUCUUUCUCUGGCUCCACUUUCCUACAUGCUAACCAAAUCCAUUUUUACCAGUGGCUCUGUGUCAACAUCUCUACAUCUCUCCACCGUUUAGUCUUCAUCUCUCUCUUCUCUGCAUGAUGCAGCAUUUCUAAAAUAGCAUUUUAGCACCUCGAAAGGAAAGCCCUUACAGUCAGUGGUUCCCAACCUGAGGGUCAGGACCCACCCCCCAAAAUGGGUCACAGAUGAUGAUGAUGAUGAUGAUGAUGAUGAUGAUGAUGAUGAACAAUUUUAAGAAAGAAAAAAUGCAUAGUUCUGCUAUAGAAAUGUAUAAGAAAACGCCUGUUUUAAUCUUUUUGUUAUAUAUUUGAAAAUGUGGAUAGUUUCAACUUCUCAAAUUUAGUUAAAUAAAAAAAUCUAAUAUGCGAAAAUCAAUCCUUAGUAGACCUGCUCACAACGUCUUUUAAUGGGUCACACAACAAAAUGGUUGGGAACCGCUGCCUGAUAAACCCCAUUACUCAAAAUCCUCCCAGCAGCAAUUAAUAAGACUGUUUAUUAUUAACUCAUAUCUUUUUUAGUAUAUAUAUAUAUGUAUACUGUAUGUGUGUGUAUACACACACACACACACACA